AUGGAACAACAGGGCGACGGUGGCUGGGCAGAGAACACUAGAGCGGCGGUGGCUGAGGUAGAGAGCGGUGGAGGACGUGCAAUUCAAAAUGUGUUACAGCUGGCAGAAUCAUUGUCCGAAAGGUACAUAAAGAAUGAUGGCUUCGUUGACUGCAGUGAUCAAGGCGUAGAGUUUGUCGAAGCACAAGUUGUUGAUGAUGAUGACGUAGAUUUCAACGGCCUCGUCUCAAAAAUGGAAAUGGAGGAGCUGAAUAAUCUCCUAUCACGUACACCACACCAAGUUGACGAAUUACCGACGGAUCCACUUCUGUCUGUUCAGGUGACGGAAUUUAAGUGCGGGGGCCUUGCAAUUGGCGUCAGCGUUGCUCAUAGAAUCUUCGAUGGAUAUUCUUUUGGAAUGUUCGUGGACGCCUGGUCAACCGCCAACAACAACAAUCAUCCAAAUCCAGGUGGUGAAAUCAAGAUCAUUUGCCCGAGUUUUGAUUUGGCGACGUUGUUUCCGGGCUACGGGCCUAGACCCGGGCCGUCUGUGACUCGCUCAUAUCGCCCUAGCCCUAUCGUGAAGAAGUUCACGUUUAACAAGGAUGCAAUAACAAGCGCGAGAUCGAAACUAAUUCAAAGGCCAAAUAGUUAUUACUCGAGAGUGCGUGUGGUGUCUGCGGUUUUAGCCAAGGCCCUAAUGGGGGUGGAUCGGGCCAAGCACGGAGGAAAAUCAAGAACUUACCUCAUUUGUCAAGCGGUCAACAUGCGGAGGAGAACAAAUCCACCGAUGCAUAAGUAUUCUUGUGGGAAUUUUGCGAUAAUGUGGGUCGCUCAAUUUUCCGAAACUCGUGAGAACGUAAUCGGGGUUCAAGAACUAGUGGAUAAUAUGGGCGAUUCUGUCAUAAAGACAUUGGCUGAUAUUGCCGAAGCACUUUCUCAAAGUGCGAAACUACAUAGUACAAUCAAGGAAAUUUCGACCAACAUUAUGGAGAAAAAAUCGACCGGUGAGCCUGUCGGGGUAGGGAUCGGAGCAGUGCUGGCAACGAACGCCGUAAGACUUGUGAGUAACAAAGAGGGUGACGGAAUCGAGGCGUGGGUGCAUUUGAAUUCCAACGACAUGGCGUACUUCGAGCAAGAUCAGGAUAUCAAAUUACUUGCAACCUAA